CAGAUGACAUGAGCCCAUCACAUGUGAUUAAACCAUCAUGAUUGAAGAGAGAUACGAGGAGAAAGAAUUUAUUAGAUUAUUAUGUUCUCUCUGUUCUGUUUCCUCAGUGAAAGGAAAGAAAGAAAAGAAAAGAAAGGAGGAUAUGGCGUGAUGAGUUGGAACUGCUCAGAGACGAACUAACCACCACAAGAAAGCCCAAAAGAACAAACUUCAAAAAAAAGGAACAACUGUAAUUGUUAUAUAUCGAAGGAAAGCGAAAACCCAAUUUCCCACAGCUGUUAUUUCAUGUCCGUUUGUGGGAAUUUGGUGGCGUUUCUGGUGUUUCUUUGCUGUUUUGGUUCCUAGUUGUCCUUUUAACACCUUUCUUUUCCUUGUCUUCUCAAAUCUCAAAGGCUUCUCUCUACUGUCGUUGCCGCUAUCUGCUGCGCGCUUCUGUUUGCUUUCACCCGUCCGUUUUUGAAAAUCUUUGUUGGUCUUGUAGCUUAAGGGGGCUCAAGAAACGAGGUUAUAAGGUUCUUACCCUUUCUGGGUUCUCUUCCUUUCUUUCUUUUUCUUUGAUUUCUGCAUAACUCAUUUGUCCUUCCACGUUCCAUCAUUUCAACAGAGAGCGAGAUAACGCUUAUAUUAUUAUGCUGUCAUUCAUUCACUGAACCAGUCUCUUGUUCUGUUAUAAAGUUACUAUCCCUAUAUCCCAUUUUGCCACUUUGCUUUCCAACUUCCAAGCGUCCAAAAUGCUCAUUGAAGAGCUUUCUAUUUAUUAUAUUUGAAGUCUCUCUCUUACGCUCAUUAUUUCCUUUUUCUCUUCAGUUUCUUUUUCUCGCUACCGUUUGCCUCUUUGGCACCCUUUUAUUUUUUCUUUGCAAAAUGGUUUGUAGUCACAGUUUCAUAUUUUUCCAGAGACCUUGCUGCUUUUCCCUUCUUAUUCUCUUGAUUUUAAGCACAACCCAACUGAGAUACAAAGCUGAAGGCAGACCAAAUCCCAAAUCUGAUAGCUUUUCCCAGACAGUAACUGACGAAAAGGCGAUAUUGAGAGCUCAGAUAGGUUCAAGGCCGCCAAGGUGUGAGAGAAGGUGCAGCUCAUGCGGGCACUGUGAAGCCAUUCAAGUGCCUACAAAUCCCCAAGUCCAAAAUGGUAACAGGAAUUCUUCAACAUUACUCUCUGACGUUGCCUAUGCAAGAGGAGAUGGCAGCUCCAACUACAAGCCCAUGAGUUGGAAAUGCAAAUGCGGGAACUUCAUCUUCAACCCCUGAGUAGUUGCCCGAACAGAAUUUUAGGUUCUUGAAUACCCAUUUUUGAACCAUGUAAAUCUGUGUAAGAGAAUAUUAGUAUCAUUACUAUUAUUUUUUUGCUUAGUCUUUUAUUCUCUUGCUUGUGAGAAUCAGAUAAUUGAUGCUGCAUCUUCUUACUGCUAUUCUCUUUAUCUGCUCAAGAUAUAUUGUAAUUUCUUGAUUACCAGAAUGUUUGAAAGUAAUCAUAUAUAUA